AAUGGCUAAAAUACCCUCAACCUAAAUUUUAAAGACAAAAAACUGCUACGUUGAUACCACUUUUUUUACUCACAUUUUCUACUAUGUAGCCAACGCUGAAGCUGAUGAAUUCUGGAAUUGAGUGAUUUGCUUGAACAUGGGAACUGAAGUUCGAUAUGCAAGUUUCUUGGGGACUAAAAGACUGCUAUGGCUAGUGGCAUCCGUUUUUGUUAUGGUUUUGAUCAUUCAAUAUUUCGGAUUUCCAAACAUAGAUGUUGUCCCCUCAUUAUUUUCUUCCAGCAAAGGUCAAGUAGCAUUUUUAGGCAGCUUUCAAUCUGGAGAGUUAUCUGGUAAUUCUAAUAUAUCGGGAAACCUGACGUUUGCUAGUGGUUUGAACACUACUGCCUCAAAUGUUGUUCAUGAAGGAACAGCCAAAACUGAGCUGUCAAAGACAAAUGAUGCAACCGUUGAAGACUCAAAUGCUACCAUGAUUGAAGAUACUGAAAUUGAAGACAAAUUUCCACUGCAGGUUGCUUUUGGUUCUGAAUUUGUUAUGCCAACAUCUGAAAAUAAUUUUGUACUAGAUAGGCCUGAUAAAGACGACAUAGCUCACAGAGUGGCAAGAAAUGAAACGAUAGACGACAAUCCUAUAAUCACAACUGCUGCACCUUUGGCAAUGGUUAUCUCUCCUUUGACAUCUUCCAUCCAAAACCAAUCAACAGAUCAUUCUUGCCUGAGGAAUAUUCCUGCUGUGAUUGAAAGGUCUGACCGAGCAAGAAAAAGUGUGGCAUCAAUAUCUCAAAUGAAUUAUAUGCUGCAAGAAAGUCAAACUUCAUUUUGUUCAAUGAAACCACGAUGGUCCUCGGUUGUAGAUCAAGAACUAUUACGUGCAAAAUUUCUAAUCGAGAAUGCGCCUCUCUUAAAGAGUGAGCCUGGAUUAUAUGCCCCUCUAUUUAGAAAUCUGUCCAUGUUUAAAAGGAGUUAUGAAUUGAUGGAGAAGACUCUCAAGGUUUACAUCUAUGCUGAAGGGGAAAGACCCAUAUUCCAUUCCGGACCUCUCGAUGGAAUAUAUGCUUCAGAGGGCUGGUUCAUAAAGCUGCUUCAAGAAAACAAAGGAUUUGCCACUAAGAACCCCAAAAAGGCUCACCUAUUUUAUUUGCCGAUAAGUUUCCGAUUACUAAAGUUGACAUUGUACGUGCCUGAUUCUCACAACCGUACAAAUAUAAUGCAAUUUUUAAGUAACUAUGUUGAUAUGAUCGCGCAAAAGUAUCGUUUCUGGAAUAGAACAGAUGGAGCUGACCAUUUUAUUGUUGCCUGUCAUGACUGGGCCCCUGCGGUGACAGAUGAAAUUAUGAGUAAUUGCAUAAGAUCUUUAUGCAAUGCUGACCUGAGAGGUGGCUUCCAGUUUGGUAAAGAUGUGUCUCUACCACAACCGAACAUUCGUUUGAGGACGAACCCUCUUGCUGAACUUGGAGGAAAGCCAGCUUCCAAACGGCGUACACUUGCUUUCUUUGCUGGACAUAUGCAUGGUUAUCUCCGCCCUAUACUACUGAAGCACUGGGAAAACAGAGAUCCUGACAUGAGGAUUUAUGGUGGAAUAACUAAGGCAAGCUAUUUACGGUACAUGAAGAGCAGCAAAUACUGCAUAUGUGCAAGAGGUUCUCAAGUCAACUCUCCUAGAGUGGUAGAAGCUAUUUACUAUGGAUGUAUCCCGGUGAUCUUAUCCGAUAACUAUGUGCCCCCGCUCUUUGAGACUCUAAACUGGGAAUCUUUUGCUGUAUUUGUCCAGGAGAAGGAUAUCCCAAAUUUGAAAAACAUACUUCUGUCCAUUUCGGAUAAGAAAUAUAAGCAGAUGCAUGGAAGAGUUAAGCAGGUGCAACAACAUUUUCUCUGGCACAUUAAGCCUUCUAAAUAUGAUGUUUUUCACAUGAUACUCCAUUCAGUUUGGCACAACCGAGUUUUUGGAAUAAGAGCUAGGUAAUAAAUGUAGAUAUACACUAGAGGUUGUAGACUUGAAGAUGAAAUAAUAAAUGGUGUACAUUAGAUAUACAGUAUGUUCCAUUUUUGCUUCACUUUUAGCUUGUGUGGUACAUAAACAACAGAUUGGUGUUCUUAUAAGAUGUAUUAAGAGUUCCGUGGCUUUUAGUAUGUCAA